GUCAGAGUGGAUGUUUAAGACUAGUCUGGCUACUGCAACAAAGCAUAAGCACAAGCACUCAGGUCUCACACAAGCAGAGUGCCCAAAUGCAUGCCAAUACAGAUGUUCAAAGACUGCCUACAAGAAGCCAUGCAUGUUCUACUGCCAGAAGUGUUGCUACACGUGUAGAUGUGUUCCUCCUGGUACUAAUGGUAACAAACAAGUUUGUCCUUGUUAUAACAACUGGAAGACCAAGAAAGGAGGCCCUAAAUGUCCUUAAUUAGAAACCUUCUCUCUCUCUCUCACACACACAC